CAGCAGAGCGUGAGGCCGGUAGAUUACUGCUUUGCUGCCCUAUGCUAGCUCUCUCACACACUCACUGCCUGCUACUCACUCUGACACACACACACCCACUGCCUCCCUCUCUCACUGUCGCAGACUUACACUGGGUCACUCCCUCCCAUACUUGCUCCCUCUCCAUUUCUCGCAGUGUCAUACACACACACUCCCGGGUAUACACACACCGACACACACACAGAGUCAGUCAUCAACAACUCUCAUUCAACUCUCUCUCAGCCACGGGUGAGCAGCUCAGACAGGCAACUUGUUUCUAUCCAGCUGGAAAGAGCAGAGCAUCGCAAGGACUUUGUCCAUUGAGCAGUGAGGAAGACAUCGAGGAGCAAGAAGGAGCUGUAUCAAGGAUGGACUUAAGAGAGUGGAGCAUGUUUAUGGAGCAGAACAAGUGAGUUCAAAGCAAAAGAUGACAACCAGAGAGAGACUUUGGCAAUUUUCACUCCAUGGGAACGUCCUGCUUUUUAACUAAAAGUGGAGACUAUCAGUGACAACCAGAGGAUCUGCUGUGAUUGCCAUUUCCAUCCCUUCCAUCUGCAAGACUCCCACCCUCCGCACUGAUAUUGCUUGAUCAUCAGCAUGUCUACAGCUUGCACAAGGUGCACCUUGGGAGCCUGACCCACCAUGUACAGAUGGACGUCAUUUGCACUUCAUCUGUGCCCUAAGCUUAACUUCAGAUCCACCACCGCUGCAACCUCGACUAGAACGUUCGUCCCCCUUCCUCCUGCAUCCUCCUUUACCCUGAUAUGGCUCUCCCUGCUCCUAUUCACCACUGGCAGGGCCACAGGGGCCUGUCCUCCUAGAGCAGGGCAUGAGCCCCUUCAGGGAGUGGAAAGCGGCAUAAACUGUUCAUGGACUUUGGAAAGGCACACGCGUAGUUACAAUCACCUGGAGGGUGACGUCAGACUCCGGCGGCUUUAUUCAGCCAACAAGUUCUUCCUCUGCAUUGACAAAUCCGGAAAAGUGGAUGGCACUCGGCGAAAAAACUAUGCUGAUAGCUUGAUGGAAAUCCGAUCCGUCAGUGUGGGAGUUGUUGCCAUCAAAUCUGUCAGUACUGGGCUGUACUUAGCCAUGUCCAAGAGAGGCACACUCUUUGGAUCGGUGAAGUACAGCCCAAGCUGCAAGUUCAAAGAACGCAUUGAGGAGAACGGCUACAACACCUACGCCUCACUUCGUUGGAAGCAUGGUGGCAGGCAGAUGUUUGUUUCUCUAAAUGGACGAGGGAAACCACGGCGAGGUCACAAGGCUCGACGAAGGCACCCAUCCACUCACUUCCUGCCGAUGCUUCCCUCUUAGGCGUGUCCGAGUCAGAACUCUUAUCGGCAGCUGCUUGGCUCACCAGUCCUCUUGAGUUGAUGCCGAUCUAGAUGAGACAACAAUCUUUCCUCUUUAUUUAUCCAUCCUCAUGUUACAUAAAUGUACAUUUGCUGAGGUCUGUAACAUUUUAGAGUUAGAGUAUCUGCUUAUUAAGUUAUUCUCUACAUUUUCUGAUGAGGUUAAUAUAAUACUGUGCAGUCUGAAACUAAAUAUAUUGCAUUUUCUCUGCAACUUUCCCACUUAUAAGUGUAUGUGAACUGCACUGAAAUAUGUGAGACCUAAUUACUGUCAAAAGUAUUAAAACAAAAGCGAUUAUGAUAUUGCUUUAAAUCAGAGAGGAAGGAGAAGACAUUGGAGUUUUACUGUUUUUAUUAUUAAGAAGAUUUCAAGAUGUUUCUUAAACCAAACAUACAUAGUAAUUCAGUUCAAAAAUCAAUCAGAUGUUUUCCACCUACAUUAAAACAAACCAACAAUCAAAACAAUUUUAGCUUCCAUCUUAGGAAAUGUUCACUUCUUUAAGCCAAAUUAAGAGAUAAAAAACAAGUAAGACACUUAAAGUAAAAACUAAAAUAUGUAAUGCAUAUUUUGCAUAAAAAUGUAUCAUAAGGUACAAAGUACAUUUACAUAUGGCACAUUUUAUAAUCUGGAUUCUUUGAGUAAACAAAUCUACAACCUAAUGAGCUUCCCAUGGUUUAAUUUAUUUCCCACUUUCAAACCCAAAAUAAGAUAUAAAAAGUAGAUUAAGGGAAAUGUUUUAAAAUCAGGGUUCAAACUCUGACAUUAGGGGUACAGUGCUGGUCAUUUGGCCCUUUUAUUAGUAUUGGCAAAGAGGCAAGAAAUGGUAUAAAAUGGAACUUCUUCAAUGGUAUUUUUCAUCAACCAUGAGGUAAAUUGGUAUUCCCACUUUGACCACUGGGACAACAAACUGGUGUUAUGCACUAUUCAUAUAUUCAUAGUCUAAAGAAAGGAUUUUGCCUUUGCGUCACCUAAAAUUAUCUUAGACGGUUCAGAAGCUCCAAAAAUCAGCUUGAUUAAAAAUGGACAAGACAAAAAAUUUGUCCAAAUUAAAGAUACAAUUAAAAACCAUAAAAGGGAAAUAAAUAACAUGAAAGGUUUGCAAAUAUUCAAGUUUAUGGGAAUAAAAUUGGCCUGUUUAAACGUACAAAUUUGGCUUUAUGGAUUAGUGAAAAGGCAAUCAGACCCAGAGCCUUCCGGCCUGAGGUUAUUUUCUUUUGCCUACAGUAGGCCUAAGGUAAACUAAAACACACAGCUAGAUUAGAAUCGUAUCUAUCAUUCAUUAAUCUUAAUA